GCUGAGAAAUGGUUUAAAACUAAAGACCAGUGUGACCGACAGCGUGAGCUGAAAAGUACGAAAUGGUUAGAAACUCUGAAACUUUCAACAGAGAAGAAGAAAUCUCUAUAGACCACUACAUUGCCGGGUUGCUACUGGCAUGUCUAGCUGUACCAUAAAUAAUCAACCAUUGAGACCAGUAUAUGGACGGUGUUGAGCCGGACGUCAAGAAUGGUUAGACUCUACUAGACCAUAAAAUGGUAAGAUUCAAACUCUCGAGUUAAGAAGAUAAAGACGACAUUGGAACAUUCAGUCUGCAUUUGUUUAAGUACUUUAGUCUAGUAAGCUCGACCGAGGACCACCGCGAGUGUAACUUUGAAGGAACCAAUCUAAUGAAGACGAGAGGGGAAGAACAUUUCCCUCACACCACCGUGUGGUACUCUUAUGGAUCCAGUCUAAUGAACACUUCCAGAACAAAGAAAGCCUACUACCAUAACUACUAAGUACAUUGUGACCUCUGGUUGACAACCAGGGACUUACACAACCAGAGACUUCUGUCAAACUACUCUCCACAGACUCAAAUGAUUUCAACUGUCACGAUAUUCUUCCUGGGAAGGAGAGGAGGACCAAAAUGCGGCGUGAAUGUGGUCUUUCGUUUGGCUAAUCUCCCCAUGGUUAGUUCAGCGUGUGCACUCGUAUCUGUCUUGUAUUGUGACACCAAGCACAACCACCCCUACAUCCGAUCGUUGUGUAAAGUGGUGGAGAUUAGUGUGACGACCUUAUCCUCCGUAGCCUGUAACAGUGCCACCCCCAUCAUCAUUAAGCUGGAGCCCCAAAUUUCUGUUGUGAAUGAUCUUGCAUGCAAAGGCCUGGAUAAGCUUGAGAGUACAUUGCCAGUGCUUCAACAGCCUUCACAGCAGAUUGUUUCAGAUGUGAAGAAUAUAAUGAUGGAGGCCAAAGAUGCUGUAGUCAUUGCUGUCUACGGAGCAAAGAACUGCAUGUAUUACACCCUGACUGGAUUGGUUGCGAUGACAAAAGGCGCAAGUGGUGGGAGAGCCAAUAUUGUGUCCCUGGAACAUGCUGUCCAGCUGGUUAGUAUUGGACUGGAAAAUGCACUGAGCCUGUCAGAAGCCCUGGUGGACCAAGCCCUUCCUCCGACCGAUGAAGAGAUGGAAGACGAGGUCAAGACUGUGAAGGGCUUUGAUGUUGCCGCCGCCAGGUCCAGCUCUCCUGUCCGACUGGUUUCCCUCACGGUCAAGCUGUGUAAACGAGCAUACCACCAGGCAGAGGAGAAGAUGCGCUUUGUCAAAGUCUGCGGUCAGAAAUCCCUCAACUUGCUUCAGCACACCAUGCACUUGGACAAUCUUGGCGCCUUGGUGGAAUGGACUAGUAACGUUCAAGAGAAGGAAGACGAGGAGACCGAGCGGGUGGUUAUCCACUGCCUGAAUGUCUCUCCCAGUGUGAGUCACCAGCUGCAGAGAAACUGUCUGACCCUGGCCUGCAGCCUACAAAAUCUCCCCCGCCACCUCCAGCAGCAGGCUGUGUGUGUGCUGCUUUCUGCCUCACAGAUCUUAAACAACUUUAGUUCCACUGACCCCCACCUGGGCAUCAGACCUCAGGGAAAAGUGAGCAGUUCUCUGGAUGCCAUCCUGGACUACCUGGUCCACAACAUGUCCCUCAAUUGUCUGGUGGGGCCCUGGUGUCCUCAGAUGCCCCCCAUUACUCCAAGGGCCCAGACCAAUGGUCAGGAAGAGGCCUGCCAAGAAAACUGGUGUUUUUGACCUUGGGUGUACUGUCACACCCUAUGAACAAUAUUGAUGUGGUUUGUGUUGGGAGUCAGUCAUCUCAGAUAUGCGUAGGCUUCUGAAAUGCAGUGGUCGGUUUUUAUUAAUAUUGGCCUAACACAGCAUGUCAAUGCAUUUGACUUGUGGGCAUAUAAUGUUUAAUGGACUUGGGUCAAUAGACUGUUUGGGGUUUCUGUCACUGCAGUACUGCAAAUCGAUGUGUGAAUGGCCCUAGAAUUUUGUAUGCUUCAUGCUGUGGAAAGAAUCUGUUAAACCACAAUAAAUUACAAUGCAAGUUA